AUAAAGAGUGGCCCGCGUGUUGUUUAUCAUUUGUGCGGCGGGUCGAUGUGAAGCUAACGUUAUGCGUCAAUUGCAGUAUUUUACAGUUAUGUUAUGUGGGUGCUUUUCAAUAUACGUUUCUCUAUAACUUCAAAGCACAUGAUGUUGUAUUUUAAUGGUCCAGAAUUGGCGCGAGACAAUAGAGCAUCAAGCAACAGGCAAACGGCUUGUUUUGAGGGUAUUUGUAUAUGUAUAUCAAAAAGAUAUAGAGCUAUAUAAUAUGUAUGUUCGUUCUAACACAUUACUGUUUAGAAAUGUAGGUUUAUUAUGUCUACGUUGCAUUCCCAGGUGCAAGUGCAUUUGCAGCAGAUGUACAUUUAAGACUGGUGUUAAAGGCAUAGUUCGGAGGAAAACGAAUUACCCCACGUUUUGUUCACCCUCAAGGCAUCCUAGGUGUAUAUGACUUUAUUACAUCAUACGCUAGCUGUGCAAUACAUCGAUCAUAAACCGCACGUGAUAUGGCUACUGUCUGCGAUUUAUUGUGCACAGCUUGUUAGUGAAGUACGAUUAAAUGAUCCAGUGUUGCAAAUAUUUUCAAUGGAAAGUAGCUAAAGCCUGCCGGAAAAGUCGCCAUAUGACGUCACUAAUUUGCAUGUAAGUGGCGUCAUCACGUAGGAUCAGCUACACGCUUUAGGUCUGCUUCAACUCUCUACAUUCAGAAAUGUAUUUUACCAUAUUAUAUUAAAGGGGUCAUAGGGCACGGAUAAGUGUUUUCCUGUUUCUUUGGUGUGUUUUAAAUUGCCCAUGCAUGUAUUAGACACGUAAAAUAAAAAAAAAAUAAAGUGUCGGAACAAAAGACACAUUUUAUCUAAAAAGGAAUGCUCAACCGGACCUGCCUGAAACGCCUUGUGUAACCACAUCCCAGCGAAUCUACGUCGCUUCGUAUCAUGAUUUGACUUAGACGACCCAAAUCUAAACGCAAGGAAGAUGGGCGUACUUGUAAAUCUCCUUGUAUCGUCACCGCCGCAGACAUGUCGCGGAGACGCUGUGUGUUUCGUUACAAAAAGAAAGACUCUUUGUUUGCUAUGUCAAAAGACAACUAAAAAGGAAUGGUGUGAUCUGCAAAUGCAGACAUGCGCGCAACGUGAAAAAAGACAAAAUAAUCAGUAAUAAUGUUCCAACAAGAGGCAACAAAUGUUUGGUUUAUAAUGGGGUUUAUUGUCUUUUUUGAGUUGCGACGAGACGUGGUGUAACACUGGUUGAUCAAGAAGGUCCAAGAUGCGAGCUUGUUUCUGUCUCACACAAACUCUGUGUGAUGUAUAUGGUUAUUUGUUUAUAGUCUUUAUACGUCGUAUAUAAAGGUAAAGCAGUUAGCUAUAGUUUUUAACUAUUUAACAUAAUUUUUUGUAAAACCUUACCAAUCCUUUACACCGUGCUCAAGUCGCGCUUGCAAAGUUGAUGUAUCGGCUUGAUCAUCUUCAUUUCCCUUAUCAGAUUCGGGCUUGAAUUGAUAUAAGUACCAUGACAUUUUAUCAGCUGUCAGUAAAAUUGCUUUGGAACCUGAUGUUCCGAAUAUAGUAAGAGGCAUUACAUUUCCGUCAUACGCUUGCAGUAUUCAACCAAUCACUACGCACUAGUUAACUGGCCAAUCAUAGCACACCUCGCUUUUCAGAGCGAUGAGCUUUUUUAAAAAUCAGUGCGUUUCAGAGAGGCGGCGCAAAGAGGAGAAACAUGCACGAUGUGUGGAAAAUACAGCAUUUUUGAACCUUAAAUUGUGUAUACACAUUACAUUAAAUCUAAAACUUACAACGAUAAUAUCCGUUUUAUAGAUGUCAUAUGACCCCUUUAAAACAAAACACCCAAAUGCACGAUAAAUGGUUCUGAAUUUAGGGUUAGUCUUUAACUCGCACCAGAGAGAGUUUAGAAUGUAGGCUUUGAGUUUUAAGCACACGAAAGAGCUUGUGUUGCGCACGGCUCCGGCUUUUCCUUGCACCAGAGAUAGUUUAUAAUGUGUGGGGUUUGAGUUUUCAGCGCACGAGAGAGCUAGUGAUGCACCAGACAGAGUUUUAUCUUGGGCUUUGCCUCAAGCCAGAGAGUUUAUAAUGUUGAGUUUUCAUUGUAAGAAAGAGCUUUUGAUACUCACGGCUUGAGAUUAGCAUUGUAUGCAUUAGCUAAACACAGAUAUAAGAUUUCUUGAAGUUAAGACAAAAAUAAAUGGUCACACCUCUGAUUCGGUGGAGCUAACAGGUCCAAAUAAAGUUGGUAUUCAAGGAUAGUCGUUUAUAUAUCCUGCAGUGAACGCGCCAAGAUUAUUGAAGAAAUCUUCGUUGAAAUGACGCGCACACCGUAAAACCCUUGGGUUUUACUCCUCUGGUGUCGUUUAAAAAUGAAUUGUAACCAUUGUUUCCUCAGAAGCUCUUCCUUUGGUAGUUUGAGUAAGACCGACUUAGUUUCACAAUGUAGAACACAGGUUCUCUGUUGGGAAAGCAUUGAACCAGAAUGUUUCGCCAAGGCUUUUUCAGAAUGUAGCUAGAUUUUUUGCUCGUCGCUUAUUUAAAAAAAAGUCGCUUAAAUCGUUAAAUCUAUUUAACUUCAGAAGUAGAAAUACGAGGACACACGACUGCUGAAGAACGCAUAUUGAGAAACGGGCUACGUGUGUCCUCGUAUUCUAGAUCUUCACCAUCAAAAAACCGUCAAAGUCGGGCUCCAAUUCUCAAGAACAGAGAACACAUGAAUGUACUUGGAUGUAUUUUCAAUAUAAUGGAUGCAUCGAAUGCAGUUAAGUCCCGCUUGAAGUCCCAGAUGUCACUGUGGCGCAUCCGUUCUUUCGAGGCUGCCUCGCAAGACCGGCCUCCACGAGAACAUAAGUCAGUUCUUGGAAUUGAGAAACGGCCGUAGUUCCAAGGAAAGUGCCCUAUGAGCAUAAUUCCUUCACGUGUCAGGUGUUUUCACGAUAAUAAAGUAUAUUUAUAAUGCUAAUCUUUGACGGGUGGUACUUUUUAAUUUGCAAGUUAUAAGCGGCUCAAAUUCGCAGUUCUUUUCAAUUAAGCAGCAUUUCCUACCAAUCAAAGAGCUGUGCUUCACAAACAAACUGCAUUAAACAAUCGCAUUUUGCAUAAUCGCAGCGAUUUAAUAAUCGCACUAACCAGCUCGAUUUAUGCAUGCUGAUUUAUCGUGCACAUCUCUAAUUUUAUGACAUUUAUCCGGGCUUUACCAAACUUUGUAAGGGGAGUGAAUGGGGCAGGAGAUUUUGAAGCUCCAAAAGUACAUCCCUCUAUCAAAAUACAGCUCCACGCAGCUCCAUGGGGUUAAUAAAGGCCUUCUGAAGUGAAUCGAUGUGUUUGUUUAUGAGAAAUAUCCAUAUUUAUAUACGGUUAUAACAUUAUCUGUUGGCUGCACGUGCACAAGAGGGAAACGCUCAGUCAAAUGACGCAGGUGUGUUGUAAGUUAUGUUGAUGAACACGGCUGCACAGAGGAGAAAGUAAAUCAAAAUCUUAAUAAAAUUAAAGAUCAUUAAAUCUAUAAGAUUACGUCCGCCGUCGUCACGGGAAGAUGCGCCAUUAGCAUUUCACACAUUCCCUUUAAGUGAUCCUUAGCGAUUGAAGCUAUGACUGAUCGCUAUUCGUUGGGAUGUAAAUACGCUCUUGGAAAAACUCAACAUAUCUUGCUGUGGAGUGAACAUUUCGUCUCCGAUGAUUGUGAGCCAGCUGUGCCUGUUCCUGCGCAUCUGCUAAACCAGGACUCAACGUGCGAUCCUGUUCCAGCUCCACCAAGUCUGUAUUGCCCAGCAACAGGCGAAGAUGAGGAAACAGAUGUCGGAUGCAUCAACAUUUUUUGAGAGCGUUUCACAAUCAACUCCAGUCAAACAACGCCACAUUGAACAAAAUGAGAGAACUGACACAGGACUCCGUUUGACGCUAGCUAGUCCAGAAGCAGAUUCCAGACAGACAAGUUCAUCUACAACUGGAACAUGCAUUGCCUUCCCCCCAAUACGUUCAAACCAAUCAAACAUCGCUGAGGUAAGCGUGAACGACUGUCAAGGGAGCCUAAUGGAAGAAGGUCCCAAGAAAGUUCAGGAGGAGGAGGAGGAGGAGGCGGAGGAAAUGAACACGGAAGAUACAGCACAGUCUUCAGAAGAGCUUGUGAUUGCUAAAGUUGAGGACCUAAAAGAUGAAUUGUCAAUGGAUGUGGACCAGACUAAAGAUCACAAUGGGAAGGAGGUGGAUAAACCAGAAGACGCAGUGACAGAAAAAAUGCCAGCCAAAGAAAUAAAAUACGAAGUGCCGGAGAUGUCCGCUGCUACGGACACACAACCAGUGUUAAAAAGUAACACAAAAGCAUCCCUGUCCUCUGAUGUGGUACCUGUGAAAAUCAAGGAUGAACCAAUGGAUGAAGAGUAUGAGACAGCAUCAACACAACAUCGACCAAUAGGAAACAUUAAGGAUGAGCCUGAAACCUCAGCCGACUUUAAGCAGACACCGGAAGAAUUUAAAAUCAGUGCGGUGUUCUCUGUGGGAGAAAAGAGUGUUGGAGCUCCAAUAGCCACCACAGCAAAUACAGCAGCCGUCCCUUUGCUUACACCUCCUCCACUGGCCCCUAUUAUCCCAGUUGGUGUAGUCUGCACAGGCUGUAAGAAAGUUCUGCUAAAGGGUCAGACGGCUUUCCAGCGCAAAGGUUGUUCCAAACUCUACUGCUCGCCUCAGUGUCUCUGUAACACUUCUAAUCUGGUGGUCAAGUUACCCGAUAAGAAAACCUGUCACUGGUGCAACAAAGAUAUUGUUGACCUAAAGGAAAUGGUCAAUGCCCCAGACACAUCAGGGGCUAUGAAGGACCUCUGCAGCCAAAAAUGCCUCCAUGCUUCUACAUUCAGGUGCAGCAGGUGUCAAAAGAAAGCUGUGUGUUACACUCACCAAGUGAACCUCAUGAACUCAGUCCAUAAGCUGUGCAGCGAAGUCUGUUUCAACCUGUUCCGCACCUCCAAUAAUAUGACCAUCAACUCCUGUAUGAACUGUGGUGCGUUCUGCAACAGCGCCGACAGUUCGUGUCCCACUUUACAGAUAGAUGGCAACUCUGACAAGUUCUGCAAACAAAUCUGCCUCGCAGCCUACCUAAAGAAAACUAAAAAACCUGUUGCUUGUAAAAUAUGCCGUGCCAUCCGCCCGACUGCCGAAAUGGUGGACAGUCCAAACUCAGAGGGCAUCACAGAGCUCUUCUGCUCCACUUCCUGUGUCACAGCAAAUAAAGUCCAGACUGUCAGUUCUUCAGGUGCUGCCGUGGAAUGCACGAGCUGCAACAAGAAAGUACCACCUCAGUAUCAUCUAGCCAUGUCUGAUGGAACCAUUCAGAACUUCUGCUCAUUUUCCUGUGUGGUGUCAUUUCAGGAGUCUUUAAGUAAGAAACCAUCUCAAAACCAAGUUAAUACAAUUACCUCUACAAGCAACAUCAUACAUACACCGGCUGCUGCUGCAUCCAAACCUGCCCCAGCGGAGUCCAGCUCAUCAACAAAGACCAAUGUACCGUUGCAAACAGUCACCAAAAUCCCUUGCGCUCAAUGUCUGCUAUCAUUCUUCCACAAGCCGGAUCUGCUGGAGUUCAGGAGAAAAAUGUAUGCUUUCUGCGGUACCGUUUGCAUCGAAGAGUUUAAAAGAAUCAACAACGUCAUGGCUCGCUGUGAAUACUGCAAAAUCGAUAAGGUUGUGAAGGAGGUCAAAAGAAUUAACAAGAUCGACCGGUCUUUCUGCAGCGAGGGAUGCAGGUUACUCUAUAAGCAUGAUCUGGUGAAGCGCUGGGGCAAGAAACACUGUCGCAACUGCAUGUACUGUAACGGUUCAUCUCAGACUUCAGUGACCAAGGUUAUUAAUAAGAAGGAGGAAGAGUUUUGUGGAAACGUAUGCUUGACGCAAUACAACAUGAUUCUCAAGCAGGAGGUUAAGUGCACAAUGUGCAAGCAGGCCAAGAAGAUGAAUGAAACUGUGAAAUGGCUGGGUGAGAUUAAGCAUUUCUGCAGCCUGCAAUGUCUGAUGUUCUUCUGCAGUCUUCAGGGCACCACAGGGACGGCCAUUAAAGCUGCAAGCAAAAUUCUGCCUGCACAGGGGACAACAAGCCCAGUAAUAUCUGUAUUGCCUAAGAACACUGUUAAUCGCACACCAGCGGCAACUAAAGAAGCCACACCGGUCAUUGCCAAUGUUAUAUCGCUCUCAAGUUCACCUAAUGCACAGCCAGGUGUCUUGGGCAACACUAUUUUGCAAGGCGCUGUUCCAGCUUCUACUGUCAAAGUGUCAGGACAACUUUGUGCUGGUACGCAGACAGACGUUGUGAAAACUCCUACUCAGCCACCCAAAAUCCUUAAGAACAAGGCUUUACUGUGUAAACCCUUAAGCCAAAACAAAGGCACAUCCUGUAAACCCAAUGUAUGCAAUGCAGACACGCAAACAGAUGCACCUAAUUUCAUGGUGUUGCCUGUUCCAGUGCCAGUGUAUGUGCCAGUUCCCAUGAAUCUCUACACCCAAUACACACCACGGCCUGUGGGCUUUCCGCUUCCGAUUCCAGUGCCCAUGUUCUUCCCUACAACUCUGGACAGUGCUGAACGCAUUGUGAAGACCAUCCAAGAAAUCAAAGAGAAGAUCCCUGAUGAUCCUCUGGAGGCUGAUCUCAUCAUGAUGGCGGAGAUGGUGGCUGAGGACGCAGAGAGGGAGAAAAAUAACACUACUAAUGACCAGACUGCUAACCUAAUGGACGACCUCGAUUUGGAAGCCUUAUCCAGCAAUCUAAGUUGGGAGGAGGAUUCUGUCUCUUCUGCCCAGAUGUGGGAUCCAACGCCAGAGCUAGAAAAAGCAACGUCUAAAUCGGAUUCUCUAACCAUCACCUCUGCCCCAACAGAAGAGCCACAGAUGGAUCUGGAGGCUGAUUUUCCAGUCGAGAGCAUUGAACUUUUGAGAGGACAAACACAAGAGGAGCCACAGGUGGUAUCAAAUUCGGUCAAACGGAGACCUCGCAGAAAAGGUCGAGAUGGCCUCCCUCAAAAAAAACGGGGCCGUAAGAGUGCGACACCGGUAGUGGCAGCACCAGCUCCAACCCAAAACACUCAGACUAACCUCUCCCAACUGCAACAACAAUACGGCGUCAGUGCUUGGAAGAACUGGGUGCGCUGGAGGAACUCCCAACCUCAUUUGGAGACUCCCAAAUUUGGCUCGCGAAGCAUGACCCUCAAGGAAGACUUGUUGAAGUGUAGCACUGCUGAGUUGAGCUACGGCCUCUCCAAGUUCAUCUCUGAAGUGUGUCGACCCAGUGGAGAGAAUUACAGCCCUGAUAGCAUCUUUUAUCUCUGCUUAGGCAUCCAACAGCAUCUGUUUGACAAUGAACGGAUGGAGAACAUAUUUGCAGACGUCUGCUACAGCAGAUUCUGCCAGGAUAUGACAAACAUGCUCAAGGGAUGGACACCCACUAUUUUGCCAAGUGGUUAUGUUCAUUCUCGAGUAGAGGAAGAAUACCUGUGGGACUGUAAGCAGUUGGGGGCGUUCUCACCUGGCGUGCUGCUGAACACGCUGCUUUAUUUCUUCACCAAGUUCUUUAACUACAAAACAGUGGAGCAGCAUCGACGUCUCUCUUUCGGCCAUGUCAUACGCUGCUCUCGGAGCAAGGGCAGCGGCAAAGAGGCAUGUUUGCGUUUCUACCCGCCCAAAGAGGAGGCAAACACAGAUGGAGUGCCGGCAAAGAGGAGAAAGGAGGAUGAAGAAGAAAAGGAAACUGCGCUAGAGAUAAAAGAGAAUUCUCAGAAUGCCCUUCGCUGUCCUGUCAGGCUGUAUGAGUUCUAUCUCUCUAAAUGUUCUCCCACCGUGAGACAGAGCACGGCCCAGUUUUACUUGAACCCUGAACGCUCCUGUGUCCCAAGCAGUCCCAUGUGGUUCUCCACAUCCUCGUUGAGCGAUGAGGCUCUGGAAAACAUGCUCGCACGCAUCCUAACAGUCAGAGAGCUGCACCUGCUGGAGGACAAAUCGCCCCAUGAAACAGAUUCUGACAGCGACUCGGAUUGAGAAACAGACCACAAACGCACAUAAAUGACUAAAGCAAUGUGUCUAGAAAUAUUUCUCCAUGAUUAAACGCAGGAUUUACAAGGCCGAACAGGUUUUUUUCUCCGAGAUCGAACAUGAACGUAUAUUUGAGAAAUUCUCAUGUGAAGAUGACCGUGAAAACUGAAAUUGUAUGGCUUGUGGAUAAAGUUUAUGCAGUGUGACAUUACACAGCUUUCUGAGUCACUUUUUAUGUUAUGCUGAAACACUAAAGCAUUCUUGAUGAGUCAAUGGCUGAAGAUUUUGCUCUUUGUUCAUUUAGAAUAAAGUAUUGAGCAUUUUCAUAGUUA